UGAUUGGAGCUAUAGACGGGUCUCACAUUGCAAUCAAAGCACCCAGCCAACAUCAAACGGACUAUAUUAACAGAAAAGGCUUCCAUUCAAUUGUGUUGCAAGCUGUUUGUGAUAAUCGAAUGUUAUUCACCGAUUGUUUUGUGGGAUGGCCAGGCAGCGUCCACGACUCCAGAGUCUACCGAAACUCACCCUUAUUUCAGGCAGCAGAAUCAAGAUAUUCCAACAUUUUCCCAAUGGAUAGCUUUUUGGUCGGAGACGCAGCUUACCCAUUGUCUAAAUGGACUUUAACCCCAUUUAGGGACACUGGCAAUCUUAGUGAAAAGGUGAAGUAUUACAACUUUGCCCAGUCUUCAACACGAAUUGUGAUCGAACAAGCAUUUGCUGCUCUAAAGGGUCGGUUUAGGCGACUGAAAUACAUUGACAUGGAUUCCACCUCUGUUAUAUCAGAUGUAGUGCUGACUGCAUGUACAUUCCACAAUGUCUGUAUCCUUGGAGAAGACAACUUGGAGGACUUCAUAGAGGACAUUGAAGAUGGUAGGCAAAUACAUGAUGCAGACAAUUAUGCAAGAGUUCAAAUUGACACUGAAGGAAAACGAAAGAGACAGACAAUAGCAGAUGAACUCUGGGCCAACAUGUAGAGGCCAAUACACUGUACCCUGCUGUG